AUGAAGGCUGGAUAUCACAAGGCUCGGAAGUUCGUCCUGCGCAUUCAGGAAAUGCCGCCGACAAAAGACGGUAGACACAUCGACCUGGACGCUUCUCGAAAGGCUACUCUACUUGAUGAACGGACUGGCAAGGUCUAUAUUACAAACUACAUCCGUUCCAGCCGAUACACUGCUUGGAACUUUGUGCCUCGCCAGUUGUUUGCACAGUUCUCUAAGCUCGCUAAUUUCUAUUUCCUUUGUGUUUCUAUUUUACAAAUGAUACCCGGUCUUAGUACCACUGGAACGUACACCACGAUUAUUCCCUUAUUGUUUUUCGUUGCCCUUUCUAUGGGCAAGGAAGGCUACGACGAUCUGCGUCGUUAUCGCUUGGACAAAGCAGAGAACAACCGCGAAGCCUCUGUCCUCCACGCAUAUCGCUCAACAACUACGUCUGACUCUCAAGUCGAAGAGGGUAAUGCCAAUACCGACGGUCCAACUCACUGGGCACAGACGAAGUGGCAAAAUCUCCAGGUUGGCGACAUCAUCAAACUCGAAAGAGAUGAAUCUAUCCCUGCGGAUCUGGUUCUGCUGAGUUCGAAAGGCGCCAAUGGUAUCGCAUACAUUGAAACAAUGGCCUUGGACGGAGAAACCAACCUCAAGAGCAAGCAGGCUCCAACAAAUCUGGCCAAGCAUUGUGAUAUGCCAGAAAAGAUUGCUACUUGCAACGCACAUUUCGUCGUUGAAGAUCCCAACAUCGAUCUAUACAACUUCGAAGGCAAAGUAACCUUGAAAGGCGAGACAGCACCCUUGAGCAACAACGAGAUCAUCUACCGAGGCAGUGUCCUGAGGAACACCCCUGAGGCUUAUGGUAUGGUCAUUUACAGCGGUGAGGAGUGCAAGAUCCGCAUGAACUCCAACAAGAAUCCUCGUAUCAAGGCUCCUGCUCUGCAGGCAAUCGUCAACAAGGUCGUGAUUGUCAUUGUUAUCUUUGUCAUUCUCUUGGCAAUCUUCAACACUGUGGCAUAUCAAGUCUGGAGGAGCGGAACCGAGGCCGACUCAUGGUAUCUUAUCAACGCGAGGGUCGCUUUCUUCCCAGUGUUGACCAGCUUUAUCAUCAUGUUUAAUACCAUGAUUCCCCUCUCGCUCUAUGUAUCCAUGGAGAUUGUUAAAGUUUGGCAGAUGCUUCUACUCAACGACAUCGACAUGUAUGAUGAAGCAACGAACACACCUUUCGAGGCGCGGACAUCUACCAUCAAUGAAGAACUGGGCCAGGUCAGCUACGUAUUUUCUGAUAAAACUGGAACUUUGACGGACAAUAUGAUGAAGUUUCGCAAACUCAGUGUUGCCGGUACGGCCUGGCUGCACGAUGUCGAUCUACAGGACAAGCAAGACGACUCUGAGAUGCUCAUCCACAAGAAGAGAAAUCACAAGAGCAAGGGCAAAAAGCCGAUCCGCAAGUCGACCACCUCCAUCAUGACAACCACGCCCAAGUUUGAUGGCGGAGACGACCAGAUUGAGUUUAGCGAACCUGGUCGUAAGUCGACUUCACAAUGGACUUCUUCUGCAAGACCCGGCAAGGCUCAGCCCGAGCUUAGUACCAAGACGAUGAUUCGUUACAUACAACGAAAGCCAUUCACACUUUUCGCGAAGAAAGCUCGUAUGCUUCUGCUGUCUAUGGCGUUGUGUCAUACUUGCCUGCCCGAGACACAAGACGAUGGCGAGAUUGACUUCCAAGCAUCUUCGCCUGACGAGUUGGCUCUAGUCAGAGCAGCACAAGAGCUUGGAUACCUGGCCAUGAACCGUGAAUCUGCGCUCCUGACCAUCAAGACCUAUCCCAAUGGCAUCAAUCGAGAGCCUGUUCUCGAACAGUACGAGGUCUUGGACGUCAUCGAAUUCUCCAGCCAGCGCAAGCGUAUGUCUGUCACUGUUCGAUUCCCCGAUGGACGUGUUUGUGUCAUUUGUAAGGGAGCCGAUACCAUUGUUAUGCAACGUCUUAAAUUGGCAUCUCUGGCCAACCAAAAGAUGGUAGAGAUCGAAAAGCGAACUAGUAUGCGCAAGAGCUUGGAAGCACAGGAAGCUAUUCGUCGCAGGAGCGAACAGCAUGAACGUUCAAGCAUUACGAGACCGAGCUUUUCAAUGUCAAUCGGCCGACCUAGCAUCGGUGGUAUACCACGCACCAGCAUAGGCACUGCCAAGUUGCAGCCCAUCCGUGACGAGCUUGACGUCUGGCUGAGGGAACGCGAGAGUGAGGUUAAUGUGUCGAAUGACGAGGAGACUAGUGUGCAUUAUUACUCUCCACGACCUUCAACGCACGUGCACAGCCGACAAUCGCUUGCUCUCUCUGAAGCUCGCAGCUCGUUGCAAUACGACGACAUCGAUCAGGACGAGCUUGUUGAAGAAUCGCUUGUCACGGACGAAGCUACUGUUCUUGAGCGCUGCUUCCAACACAUCAACGAUUUUGCUACAGAGGGACUUCGCACACUGCUGUAUGGAUACAGGUUUCUCGAUGAGCCAGAGUACCUGGGAUGGAAAAAGGUGUACCACAACGCCACAACGAGUCUUGUAAAUCGUCAAGAGAUGAUCGAGGACGCAGGCGAGAUUAUUGAGAGAGAUCUUGAUCUUGGUGGUGCUACUGCCAUUGAAGACAAACUUCAAAAGGGUGUACCGGAAGCCAUUGACAAGCUCAGACGUGCCAAUAUCAAGAUGUGGAUGUUGACUGGAGACAAGAGGGAGACGGCCAUCAACAUUGGGCACUCUUGUCGUCUAAUCAAGGACUACUCGGCUGUCACAAUCCUGGAUCAUGAAACCGGACAGGUCGAGCAGCGUAUUGCCGCCACUAUACUCGACAUCAACAAUAGUAAGGUGGCGCAUUCAGUUGUAGUCAUCGAUGGCCAGACAUUAGCUCUGAUCGAGGAUGACGAGUACCUGCGUACGCUCUUCUACGAGCUUGCAGUUCUUGCAGAUUCUGUCAUCUGUUGUCGUGCCUCUCCCAGUCAAAAAGCAGGACUCGUGUCAGCCGUGCGAAGAAGAGUCAAGAACAGUAUCACAUUGGCCAUAGGAGACGGUGCGAAUGAUAUUGCCAUGAUUCAAGAAGCACACGUCGGCAUCGGUAUCACCGGAAAAGAAGGCCUACAAGCAGCUCGCACUUCGGAUUAUUCUAUUGCUCAAUUCCGCUUCCUCGUCAAGCUGCUUUUGGUUCACGGACGCUGGAACUAUAUUCGCAUCUGCAAAUACACUGUUGGCACUUUCUGGAAAGAGUUCUUGUUCUAUUUGACACAGGCGCUGUUCCAGCGUUGGGCCGGCUAUACUGGCACUUCGCUGUACGAGUCUUGGUCACUUAGUAUGUUCAAUACCUUAUUCACCAGUCUUCCGGUCAUCUUCCUGGGCGUUUUCGAAAAAGAUCUCUUACCUCAGACAUUGAUAGCAGUGCCUGAACUGUACACCAAAGGCCAACGCAAUGGAGGGUUCAACUUCAAAAUCUUCCUAGCAUGGAUCUUUAUGGCGUCGAGUGAGGCGGUGAUGGUCUUUUUCCUUAUGCUUGGACUCUACGCUCAGGCUACCUUUACCAAAGAUCAAGGACUAUAUGCGAUAGGAUCGCUGACAUUCACCGCAUGCAUUAUUCUCAUCUCGAUGAAAUUGCAAGUCAUUGAGAUUCACAACAAAUCUAUCACAGCCGUGAUUGCCUGUGUGCUUUCCAUCGGCGGCUGGUUCCUAUGGAUGAUCAUCCUCGCUUCCAUUUACAACGACAAUGUUACCUACAAUGUCCGCGACAGCUUCUUCGUCCGCUUCGGUGAUAAUCUGCUCUGGUGGCUGACACUUUUGCUCAUCAUCGUCGCGACCAUGUGGUUCGAAUUUGGCAUCCACAGCUUCAAAUCAGCGUACUUUGCUACUGAUGUCGAUUUGUUCCAACUCUACGAGCGCGAUUUGAGUAUCCGUAAGAGAUUUGAAGAAGCCGCUGCGAUGGAGUUGCAGGCUGGCUGGAGACGUGGAGACAAAAAGUCGAGCGUUGAGUUGGAGCGUGAGGAGCAGGCACAGGCGAUGAGGGAGAAUGAAAUUGUGGACUUGUUGACUAGACCAAGGGUAAUGGAGGAAGGAAGCUUGGGUAAGGGAGAUGUGAGGUUGGCGGAACAGAGGGUGAUUGGUGGGGAUGAGGUGACAAGAUCUUCGUCCGAUGUUCACGAGAUGUUGUCGAAGAGAUUUGGAUCUGUGCAGUGA